AUGUAAAUACAAAAUCUGAAUUUAAAUAACAUAAAGAUGCUGAGAAGAAAAUAACUAUUAUUUGAGGUAGAAAGAGAUUAAUAAGAAACUACUGCUAAAGUAGACUCUCUCUAGAUUAACUAAAUUAUACCAGAUUAAAAUAAUCAAUAAUAAAAUUAGUAGCCUAACUCCUCAUCUGAAUCAUCAAUUAUUCCUUAAGCCUAAAAUUAUUCUAUAGACCCUGAUAAAGCGCUGAUAAAAUAGUAAGUCAAUCAGAUGGACUUCGGAAACCCAUAACAAAAUCUGGAUUAUAGAUUUGGAAUUUCUUCUGUAAACUGUUAGAAUCUAAAUUCUGAUCUAGCUUUAGAAUCCUAAAAGAAAAUAGUCUCUCUUAUCAACCCUAUCGUUAGUAAUAGGGAUAAUUAAUCGGGUAUUUUGAAAUCUAAAUUCAAAUGUAGAAAAUUAUUUGGAAAACUUUUUGGAAAUUCUCCAAUUAUCAAAAUUCAAGUUAUUGAUGACAAAUAAUUGAUCUAUUUAAGUGAAAAUAAGCUAUCUCAUGUAACUGAAUACAAGUCUAAUUCUAAGAAUAAAAAGAUAGAGAAGAAUUUAGAAUAUGUAAUUUUUGAUUUUGUAAUGAUAAAGGACAAUUCAAUUUUAGUUCAAACUGAUUAAGGUUUAAUUCUGUUGAAUAAAUACUUAGAUCAAUUAUACACAUAUAAAAGGAUAAUCUAUAAGAACCACUUAGCUAUUUACAAGAAUUUAAAGGAUUUUGAUAUCUCCACAAAUUUUGUGUGUUAUCUUUAAGAUGUCAACCAAUUUCUAUUAUGCUAAGUGAUUGACAAUAAAAUCGUUGAAUAAUAGAGAAGAUAAUUAUAGACGAGUUAACUAAGCAUCAUAUCAAUAAAAGUAAUUAAGAAUAGUUUAUAUGUUGGGUAUCAUACUGGAAAAGUUAGUAUAUAUGACCUUUAGACUUGGUUAGAAUAAAAGACUUUUCAAAUUUUAACAAGCUGCAGUGAAGUCUUUCCAUCUAUAUUUUUUGAGGAGAAGUUUUGUUUAGCCAUUUAGUAAAAUAACCUGUAUAGAAUAAAUUAUGAUAAAGAAAUAAUUAAAUUGUGUUCUACAAAACAUAAUAUUAUUUCGUGUGCUUAUUACAUUAAUGAUGAAAAGAAGAAAUACGAAUUCCAUUUAUUGCAAGAUAAUUAUAAAAUCUAUCUAUGUUAUUAGAAUAAGGAUAAAUUUUAUAAUAAAGAAAGAUUAUAAUAAAGCAUUUCAUGUGUUAGCUAUUAUUUAGAUUGGCAAUAACCAAAAUUUUUUUAUGGAGAAAGAAACGGAGGAAUAUUCUGUUAUCAUAUAUGA